AUGGCGAUGACCGAGGACGAGACCGCAUAUCACGAGUUUAUUCAUAACCUCGAACUCUCUAUCACCGUUCGGGGGCCUGGUAUCGAAGGCCUCCUCCAAAAGCUCGACGAUCUCAAUCUUCUUUUGCCCGGGUGGAGACAGCUCCUAGACGAUUGGAGCCCCAGCCCAGAGAGGACAUGCAGCAUCGGGUUCCUGGAUAUGAACCUCGGAUUGUUCCACAGAGUACAUGGACAUUUUAUUGAUAUUGCGAAAGACAUUCAAUCCAUGUCGCCAGCAGAGAAGGGCAGGAUAGGCCAGAAGGCUGUCCAGGUUGCCAGGGACCUUGAUUCUUUCAGAGUAGUCUUGUCACUUUCGAUGUUGAACAGCCUGUCGGCCCUCGAGGAGAAGGGCGAUGUUGACGCCGCGGCACUGUCAGAAUUCCGUGACGCGAAGAGGCGGUUGCUUGAUAGGCUGAAGUCCUUGGUGGACCUUCUAGACAUUCUUAAUGUCUCGGCCUGA